GAAUAGAACCAUGUCCACGUUUGAACAUAACGUACAUAUCGACAAGUCGUUCGUGGACUUGGCUACGUAGUUGUGCAUCGCUCAUUGACAAUGCGCUGGCUUACAGGGCGGAAAAGCGAUUAGUUUUCUCUCUGCUGCUGCUUUGGUGUAUAUUCGCUCAUAUCAGUUGUAUGGUGGCAUUGGUAGCGCUAAAAUUGCUCCCUCCUCUUCUUCGCGUCAUCUUGCGUAUGUUUGUACGCUUGUUCGAUCAUCUGAUUGUCAUGUCCGGUUAUUUCCGAAAACAACGUAACAUUUUAACUUAAGUUAUUGUGAGAAAUAUAUAUGUACACAUAUUAAUAUUAUAACAGAAAAACGUGGAUUAGUGUAGUGUACGAUUGACUAAGUUUCGUGUAAUGUAAAUCUAUCUCGACGUGAGAAAUAACUUGCUAGAAAGAGUGUGACAAUUGUUGGUUAGUAAACGUGCAGCAGUAUUUUUAAAACAUGGAUAUAAUCUUGACUCGUGGAUUGAGAUUUAGCUUCGAAUUCGGCAAUGCCUCGACAUUGCUGACGAAGUAUCUUCCGUUAUCAACGUGUUGUAUGUGUCGCGUGAACACAACACGGUGGAAGUCAGCAUUUCCCGAAAGAUAUCAUCGGUACAGACCGGCAUCGUAUAAUUCUUUAGGUUUUGUAAAUAAUAUACUUGGGUAUCAAAGAUCACUAAGACAGAAUGUUAACAAAAAUGAAAUCACUUUGGCAUUCUAUUCGGAUAUCAAGCAAAAUUCUGAGGGUGACUGCAAAUCUCCCGAGAAAGAAAAAAAACUAUCAGUAUUCCAAAAAAUGAAACAAAUGACUAAAGAUUAUUGGCAUGUUUUAAUACCUGUACACGUAAUUACAUCUAUAGGAUGGGUAGCUAUAUUCUAUACUGCUGUUAGGAAUGGUGUGGACAUAGUACAGCUAUUGGAAUAUUUAAAUUUUAGUGAGAGGUAUGUGGAUUUAGUACGUAAUUCAAGCGCAGGUAACUGGGCCAUAACUUAUGCACUUUACAAGAUAUUUACUCCGCUUCGAUAUACUGUUACUAUUGGCGGAACAACAAUGGCUAUCAGACACCUGAGCAAAUUAGGUUAUGUAAAAGCACCAUCAUUCAAACUUAAAUCAACAGAGUCUGCGAGCAAGACUAUGACCAGUGCAAUCAAACAAGUAUGCAGCAGAACACAAGACAAAAUUCAAGACAGAGUCUAAAACGGACCGACAAACGGAACCGCCAAAAUCGUAACAUUUACGCUCGUACUAUGUCGGACCUAUGUGGGCUCGGCGUAGCUCGAGAAUUAACCAUAUGAUAAUUAUGUAUAUUUCUGGUUGUAUAAAUGUAAACUGUAUUAUGACAUAAAGCAUACAUGUGAAUUGAA